UACCUGUGUCUGUGAUAGCUAGAAGCUAUUUCAGUGGAAGAACUCUGGUGUGAUUCAUCCUCUUCUACCAACAUGAAGGUGGCUUUUUGCCUGUUUUUCACCCUGGCACUCUUCUUUUUGUACUCAGAUUUUGUUACUGAAGCAAUGGAAGAAAAGAUUCAAUGUGGUGAUCAGGUGCAAGAGGCCUGUACUUUGGAGCUUCGACCACACUGUGGUUCUGAUGGUGUAACCUAUGCCAACCGGUGCAUGUUUUGCAAUGCAGUUGUGAGGAGUCGUGGAGCACUUAAACUAAAGCACCAUGGAUCAUGUGAGGAAAUCAGGAAUGCAUAACCACUGUACUAAAAAAUCAACUACAGUCCCAAAUCUCUUGGUCUCUUGCUCAUCCACCAUCAUAAAGAAUGCUAUCUUUCUUUCCUUAUUCUCUAAUUUUUCUGAAUAUUUCUUAUAAUCUGUAACAUUUUAACUGUUUAGUAAACAAGUAAGCAACA